CUGGCAAUUUUUGAGCCAGUUGGACACUUCGUUUGGUGGCGUUAGCAUGGAACUGGUACUGCUGAUCCUCGUGGCAUCCCUAAUAGGGAUUGCCUUUCUGGCGCUGCAGCAGCAUUACUCCUAUUGGCGGCGAAUGGGAGUACGUGAAAUAAGGCCCAAAUGGAUAGUGGGCAACCUGAUGGGACUGCUCAACAUGCGGAUGAGUCCCGCGGAAUUUAUAUGCCAAUUGUAUAAUCAUCCCGAUGCGGAAAAAGAACCCUUCGUGGGCAUCCAUGUGUUCCACAAGCCGGCGUUGCUUUUGAGAGACCCCGAAAUGGUGAGGAAUAUCCUGGUCAAGGACUUCGCUGGAUUCUCCAACCGGUACUCGAACUCCGACUCCAAGGGCGAUCCUUUGGGAUCCCAGAACAUAUUCUUCCUGAAGAAUCCCGCCUGGAAGGAGGUGCGUUUGAAGCUAUCGCCCUUCUUCACCGGCAAUCGACUGAAGCAGAUGUUUCCCCUGAUCGAGGAGGUGGGCGCCAGCUUGGAUGCCCAUCUCCGCCAGCAGCCGCUGCACAACGAGCGGAUGCGCUGCUUCGACAUGGAGGCCAAGGAGCUGUGUGCUCUCUACACCACGGAUGUGAUAGCCACAGUGGCGUACGGAGUGAGUGCCAACAGUUUCACGGAUCCGAAGUGCGAGUUCCGCCGCCAUGGACGAUCUGUGUUCGAGUUCAACCUGCGGCGUGCGGCGGAGUUCACUGUGGUGUUUUUCCUGCCCCACCUGGUUCCGUUACUUAGGUUCAAGGUGGUGCCGGCGGAGGCCACUCUUUUCCUGCGCAAGACCAUAAACUAUGUGAUGUCGGAGCGAGAGAAAUCCGGACGGAAACGCAACGAUCUCAUCGACAUUCUCAUUGAGUUCCGUAGGAGCACGCAGAUGGCGAAGGAAUUGGGGAUCAAGGAUCAAUUUGUGUUCGAGGGCGACAUCCUGGUUGCCCAGGCUGUACUCUUCUUCACCGCCGGCUUUGAGUCCUCCUCCUCGACCAUGGCAUUCGCGAUGUACGAGUUGGCCAAAGAUGCGGACGUACAGCAGCGCCUGCGCGAGGAGAUCAAAGACGCACUGAUCGAAAGUGGGGGUCAGGUGACGCUAAAGAUGAUCGAGUCACUAGAAUUCAUGCAGAUGAUUCUGCUGGAGGUGCUGCGCAUGUAUCCGCCACUGCCGUUUUUGGAUCGCGAGUGCACUUCUGGGAAGGAUUACGCGCUGGCGCCGUUCCACAACAAGUUCGUGGUGCCCAAGGGCAUGCCCGUUUACAUACCCUGCUAUGCCCUGCACAUGGAUCCCCAGUACUUUCCUCAACCGCGAAAGUUCCUGCCUGAAAGAUUCUCCCCCGAGAAUCGCAAGCUCCACACGCCCUACACCUACAUGCCCUUCGGCCUGGGUCCGCAUGGCUGCAUCGGCGAACGUUUUGGUUAUCUCCAGGCGAAGGUGGGUCUGGUUUACCUGCUGCGCAACCACAUGAUAACCACCUCGGAGCGCACACCCCAUCGCAUGCAGCUGGACCCCAAGGCCAUCAUAACCCAAGCCAAGGGCGGCAUUCACCUUAGACUGGUUCGCGAUCCUUUGGGCGUCUAACUCACCUGGAUAUGGGAUAUGGGAUUAUCUGGAUACUUCUUUCCUUGGUGCG